AUGGAAAGUGCAGUAGGACCAGACGCUGCUGUCUGGGCGACAUUCAAAUGGUCAAAGGAGCGAGUGCUGCAGUUCCACAAAGAUGGUUUUGUCAGCAACGUGCCAGUGCUGACGUCAGAUCAGCGUGACCUGCUGCUAGAGGACUAUGGCUAUUUCCUCGGUGAGAAACAGCACCCUGGCAUGGAGAUGAUGUACGAGUACCAUAGCAACCAGGCUGAAGACCCUAGCAACGUCUUGAUGCACGCGUUGGGGCAAUGGCGACUGACUCGGCUCUUCCAUGAUUUGGUGUUUCUCCCCCAAGUGGUGGUACCGGUGUCACAGUGCCUGGGCUCUGUACCUGUUCGUUUUUGGCACGACCAGCUGUUCGCUAAGCCUGCCAGGUGUGGGGGUGUGGUAGCUUGGCACCAAGACUACUCCUACUGGACACGAACCAAGCCGAUGGCACACAUGACGGUACACAUCGCACUGGAAGACCAAACAGAAGAGAACGGGACGAUCAAAUAUAUUCCUGGCUCACAUCGAUGGACCAGAAACAACGGUGGACCCCUACCUGUCCUCGACUUCAACUUCAAGGACAUGGAGGGAAUCAAGUCUAUUCUUACCGAGGAGGAAAUGCAAGCAUUUAAACCGGUGAGCGCCCUCCUCAAGAAAGGUGAGGCCAGCUUUCACCAUGGCCUCUCUGUGCACGGUUCCUAUGGCAACAGGUCGGAGCUACCCAGACGCUCUGCGGUGCUGAACUACUUCGCGGACGGCGUUGUGUCCGAUUCCAACGAUUUGAUGCUGAAAGGCACUCAUCCUAUUCCAAAAGGUCAGAAGAUGGACGGCCAGUUCUACCCGCUAGUAUUUGAUCCUGCUUGGAGCUGUUAAGAUGCGAGGGAGCUACUAUGCUAUUUCCCACCCAAAGAUUAUGGUGGACAAGCAACUCUAAAUCGUUCUUUUUCCAGCCGAUCUCAUUCAUUGAAAUAAUGGGACGACAAAGUGUACUUAAACAUUUUUCUGCUACAAUACGGAUUGAAGAGGAAACGAAAUGUCACAAAUUUUCAGAAGGUCGACUACUUGCAAAAGCGAAGAAUUGUGCUUCAUUUUUUUUUACGACAGUUAGAAAAGUAGAACUAGUUAAUAUGAACAAUUAAU